AUGAGCGAGAAAAAGAACGCCCAGGAAGUACGCCUCCAGCAUGUCACCCUCGAGUCAGGCUCCGAUGGCGCCGUCCUGGCCACCUCGGCUCCUGCCGCGCAGUUCGAGGCUCACCAGCACGCCAUGACCCGCAUAGAGGCUAUCAAGGAGAACUGGCGGGCAUUGCUCUGGUGCAUGUAUGCCUUCUACAUCUGCGUCACUUUUGGUUAUGAUGGCCUUGCUGGCAGUAUCGUCGUGUCCAUUGCCGCGUUCCGCAAGGACUUUGGCACGCCGUUUGCCGGCGAUUACGCUGUUGAUGCCAACUGGCAGUUGGGAUGGUUGGCCGGCACCAUCGGUGGUAUGGUCCUCGGUGGUUUUGCUGCUGGUCUUGCAAUCAAUAAGUGGGGGCGGCAGCCUGCCAUUGUGGCCGGCUUCGUCGUCUAUAUCGGUGGCGUCUUUGCGCAAGUCUUUGCUUCGAGCAAUGGCCAAUUUUUUGUUGGCAAGCUCCUUACCGGUUUGCCCAUGGGCGUCUUCCUGACAGUCGCCCCGACCUACGGCUCCGAGAUGGCUCCCCUCAAGAUUCGCGGUGCCGUAGCCGCAGGCAUGAACUUCGCCAUCGUCCUUGGCCAGUGUAUCCUCUAUGGCGUGAUGCGUGAGGCCGCAUACUAUACCGGCAGCAUGCAGUACAAGGUACUCUUCAUGACGCAAUGGGGCUUCUGCGCAGUCGGCCUCCUGAUCGUGCCCUUUUUCCCCGAGUCGCCGUACUGGCUCAUGGCUCGUGGUAGAGAGGAUAAAGCCCGCCAAAACUUGAAAAGGUUGCACGGCAGUGGCUUCGAUAUUGAGGGCGCCGUUGCCGAGGUCAAGGAGUCGCUUGCUCGCGUUAGCAACGACAAGGAAACCCAAGGCUCACUGAGUGAAUGCUUCGGCCGUGAUCAGUGGAGGCGGACACUUGUUGGCGGUGGCAUGUUCUUCGUACAAAAUGCGUCAGGCGCCAUCUGGGUUGUCGGAAACAUGGCCUACUUCAUGCAGCUUGCUGGCUUGCCUCCGACCCGAGCUGCCGAUACAUCAGUUGGCUUGUCUGGCCUCAUGGUCGUUGGUAACAUGGCAGGUUGGUUUGUCGUCGAGAAGUUUGGCAGGCGAGGCUCCGCAUUGUACGGCAGUGCGGCCCUCACAGUCUGCCUGUUCCUGAUUGGUGUCCUGGCUGCUAUCAACGUCCCGAACGCCAUCUACGGCCAGAUUGCGGUCAUGGGAGUUUGGUCUGUUGUAUACCAAGCUACUGUCGGCACCGCUGCCUGGCCUAUCGCUGCCGAGAACGCGACCUCCCGCCUGCGAUCCUCGUCCCAGUCCAUCGUCACCAUGAUAAACGGUCUCUCGUCAUGCAUCUGGGCUUUUAGUCUACCCUACGCGAUCAACCCGGACCAGGGAAACCUUGGGGGCAAGAUUGCGUUCGUGUUUGGCGCCACAAUGGCUGUCUGCACCGUCUUUGUCUUCUUCUGUGUUCCCGAGACCAAGAACCGCACUUAUAUUGAGAUAGACGAGCUCUGGACACGCCGGAUUCCGCCGAGGCAUUUUGCCAAAACCAACAUAGUCACUGUUGGCGAGACAUAAAAGAGCGAGGCCUAGUUGCUCGAUGUAUUGUGGGAGGAAAGACCUUGUAGUGUAUUUCGGCAUGAACUGCUCACCUGAUCGGUUGGUUGGCUCAACCCUUAGAAUGUCAACAUUCGUCAGAUAGCUGCAACUCUGUUAGAUGCCAAGGACGCCCUGUCGCCCUUCAGAGAAGACAAAGGGCAGCAGUACCAGCCGGCACAAGAAAAUCGACAAAGCU